UUCCAGUGCUAGGAGGUGAUCGGGUGAUUUCCUGUGUGCCAUGUCAGUUGCGCCCAGCCAAUUCGGGAAAGGGCAGGCUGACGAGCCAGUUGCUCCAGCCAAAUCUGGAAAGAAGAACAAGAAGAACAAGUCCAGUAGGGAUCGUGGGCAGAGUGGAGGUUCAGAGAAGGCACCAGAGAAUCAUGAUGAGACUCUGCCUUUGACGAAUGGCGCUGAAGAUGAUUCCGAGAGUCAAUGGACGGGUAUUAGCAUAGGCGAGAAUGCAGAUGAAAGAGACGAGGAGCCCGGGAAUGGCCAGAACUGCAACGCAAGCGAGGCCGCAAAGGACCAGAGCAAAGACGGCCCGACCAAGAACGCCGCGAGCAAACAAAUAAGCGAGAGGAUGACUGAGAUGUUCAGCAACGAUGAACUGCAGAUGAACAUGUCAAGGUUGAUCACCUCUUUGCUCAUCAAUCUUUCAAGUCCCUUAAGCUUGCUUCUGGUGUACUUCUACGUUACCCUUGCAACGUGCUGGCACUUGUGGUGGGAGAAGAAGGAGCCAGGCCAACAUGCCGGGCGCGGUGAUUUGGCCACUUCAGAUGCUGGAAACGCCUUUGAAGAUUCCGAAGCUCCUGGACGAGGCACACAGAUUUCAGUGCUUGGGCUGCAUGCAAAGGAGGGCGAUGUUGAAGGAGGUGAAAGCCCAGGAAUGAGCCUUGUUGAACACACCAACAAGCCGAGAACACGGAGCUCUUUUUCGCAUGCUCCACAGCUGAAAAAGCAGCGCUCGAGUUUGCUUGUGGACCAAAACUUUCGGAAAGUUUGGGAAAAGAAGCUUUCCAGAUUCUCAGUGCACGAGUCUGCCGCAAGGGACUUCUUUUACUGGACCUCAUGCGUGCUGAAUAUGGGAUUGCUGGCUUGGUGCUUCUCCAACGAUUUCCGCAGGGUGCCUCUCACUGAAGUUUUCCUGCCGCGAUGGCUGAUGGUUGGAGUGAUUCUUUCUCGAGCAACCAAGUCUGUGCUAAAGUCAUACGACUCGAUCGACACUCGCAGCGAGAUUCGUGGUGCAGUACAAGAACGAAUUGCUGACCGCUAUCAGCAAGCCUACAAAAAGUGGGAAAAGCGCAAUAAUCAAGGAUGGAAACUCUGGGAAGAGGCCAGUCCUGAAAAGAAGAAGAUUGAAAAGCUGAAGCUAUCGCCCAAAUUUCAAACCGUGCAACCGAACUUCUUCAGCUGUAAUUUCAGUUUCAGCAUCAACAUGAUCGCUCCUGACAAACCUGAGUAUGACUCAGAGCAAAAGGAGGCAAACCCACCGGUGGAACUCUGCAAUUACAUUGACUCUUGCAGAGACCUCAUUUGCCCACAGUUACUCUCCCGUACACCCCUGAAGUUUCCAGUUCGAAUGUGGCGGCAGUGGCAAAUUCGCAGGGGUAUCGAAAAGCUUGGGGACACAUCCAAAGAUGCGGCAGAGUGGAGCAAGACAGUUUUCGAUUUGACGCAGCUGGAUAUUGGCCUGACAGAAUGCGCGCAUGAGUCUUUGUUCAAGAAACAUUUCGACCGCAUUAUGCAGUUUGAAGAGGUGAAGCUCUUUCUGAGUUACCCAGAACCCAAGGAGAAAGAGGAGAAAGAGAAGAUUGAUCAGCACCUCGCGGCGUACAGGAUCUCCUUCAAGUACGCGCGAGCCUUGCACAAAGGUGCAGUGCCGCUACCAGUUCUGAUGGAUGAAGUGCUCAUAGGCGGCAUUGUUCGCACAGAGUGGAUUAUACUGAAAUGUAUGGUGUAUGCGGUGGGCAUUUUUCUGAUCACCACUGCUGCACUCAUUCCAGCCAUGACACGGGACGGUUCAGACAGCUCGGAAAACCGCUCACCACAGAAUUUUGGCGGCUACAUCGUGGCCGCUUGCUUCAUUGUCUUCGUCUUUCUAAAUGGCUUCCUCAUGGCUGUUUGGUAUCCUACUCAAUUACGCAACCUCUUCUCUCAGAUGACGUCCGGCUUCAGGAUGUUCAAUGUGAUGCUGAUGGGGAAGAAAGCUGCGACUGCUGAGUGCCUCCCUCAUGUACGUGUGGGCGACCGGAAGCAAAUGUUUAGUUGGUACCUGCUCUACAGCUUCUUCAUCUCUAGCAUUCAGCGCCGCAAGCUGGCGUUGGAGGUUGGAUUUGGCCAUGGAGUUGUCAACGUCCUGCUGAUGUGCCUGUUCCUCUUUCUUGAUCUCUUAAAGAUCGGUCCAAACUGGGUUGAUGUGGAAGACUCCCGGAACUCCACGGCCAAUCGACAUCUCCAGGGUGGAACGAAACCGCACGACCGGCACGACAACGACGAGGCAAAUUGGUUGCCGGGAGUGCUGUUUGGGGAGACACUGAUCUUCAUGAUGCUUUUCCUGAUAUUUUCGUUGCCUCCUUUGCUGGUUGGACUUCGGGCCAACCAGAACAACCGGCGGACGGUGGACCUGCUGUGGGGACAUGCGACAGAGUCGCGUGCGUACCUUUGCAGGCUGGAGGCAGAAAGAGCUUGGUGGGAUCAGGACAUCAAGGAUGUCAAGGCUUCCAUUGAGCUGACGGAGUCGAUAGCACAGCGACUGAGACUAGAUACAGCUUUGGUCGUGAAGACCUUGGGAUUGGAAUUGACCAUUGGCCAAUUCACGGCCUUGGCCUCGCUGUUUUCCACCGCGGGGGUCUAUGCCUAUGGCAAACUUCAGGAGCUGAAGCAGCACAACCCCGAGCUCAUACACCCGUUCAUGCGUGAUUUCUUUUGAUGUUCUUCUCAUCAGACUAUCGGGCUUAGUGGCCCACUAGGUUGAGACCGUUAAUGAAAGAUCAGUUCAUUUUGAUGGGGAGCAAGCCAAUACUCGAAGUUGCUGGACAUGUGGACUGAUGGUCGGUCUGAACUUAGCUUUAUUCUGCAGCCUGCAGAUGCCAAAAGGUACUGCAGCCACAAGACCGCAGCAAAUUGCUGCAAUGGCCCAUUGCCGCUGUCACACUUUGUGGCCUUUGGCCAAAAGCAGUGACCAGCGACAGAGAGCAGAUCUAAAUCCGUUGGAUCUGCUGUGGGCCUGCACAGCAAACCUCAAGAUUCUUUCACGAGUCAUUUUUCCCAUGGAGGUAUUGACGAUAAACAUUGGGCGUUGUGGUACUCAC